CCUGUCAGCGUAUCGUCCGUCAGUCGCCGUUGGUUCCUCGUAAUUUGAAAAACUGUUCUUUGCAAACAUGGAUAAUAGUAUUAUUAUCCUAGAUUCUAGUGACUCAGAAGCAAGUAUUUUGGAAAUUACUCCCGUGAUAAGAGUUCCACAUUUGACUUGUCGGAAGAAAAAGAAUUCUAUUAUUGUUGUAUCAGACUCAAGUGAUUGUGAGAUAAUUUCUCCAUUACCAGGAAUGAAGCGCCAUGUCGUCGUUUCAACUAUAAGAAGCAAAAGGAAACGCCCAUUAACCAGAAAUGAAACUUUGAAAAACAAUUCACUUCUGACACAACCAAAAUACAGUGUUGGUUUACGUUCUUUGCAUUCUAAGUCAUCUCUGGCAAAUCCUUCCAAACCACCUUCUGGAAAUCAAGCAGCAAAAUCUCCACAGAAUAAAACUAAUGAGUGUCAUCAUAAUCAGACCAAGCCAUCUAAGAAGGUUCUUCCCAAAACACCUGUCAAACUUUCUCCCAGAAUAAACAAAACUCUUGGGAUGCCAACAAAAACACCAACUAGGUUCUCUCCCCGGUUAUCCUCUAUGAUACAGGCCAAGCAGGCUGUCAGGAUGCCAACUAAGAUCUCAGUUAGUCACCCUCAUUGUACACCUGUAAAGGUUCCAGUCAGGCAAUCUCCUAGAAACAUAGCUAAGUCAACGAGGAAAUACUCUCCCAGGAAAUUAGCCAAAAAUCCAUCUAAAAAAUCUAUUUCGAUGUUGAAACCUUCUCAUAAAAUUCUCAAGAUGUUUGCUUCUAUGUCAAAUAAGAUACCUUCUGAUAAAUCUACAAAAAAAAAAGUAAAAUCCAAUGUAUAUUAUGAUAAAGAAUCUUCUUCGAAUAUCAUUCCACAGUCUACUAAUUUGCAGACUUCAUUAAAUCCAAUAAACAACACUUCCAAUUUGAAUGGCCUAAAUAAUUCGUUUACUUAUAAUUCCCGUAAAAAUCUCCAACACAAUUGUAAAGGCAAUGGAACACAAACUCAGUUUUGCUGUCCAGUGAUAAACUGUGAAAUCAAAUUCUCUUCCAAAGAAAAUCUACAGAAUCACAUGUAUAUGAUGAUCCACAACUCAUGUAAUCCUUCAAAGAGCAUUAUGGAUUCUUUUUUGUCCUGUGAAAUCAUAAAUUACAUUUGUCCAAAAUGUGGGAAAGAAUUUAAGCUUGAGCAAACAUGUUCAGAGCACCAAAGGUCUAGUAACCAUAAUGCCUUUAUUAAACCAGUUCCCAUAUCCAGUUACAUAUGCCAAACAUGCUUACUGAUAUUUUCAUCCAAAAUUAAUUGCUUGAUGCACAUGAACACAACUAAACAUUACUUAUCUGCCUUCAAUUUUCCAAAUAACUCAGAAUAUGUACCAGUUCCUUUACCAAAAGUUUUGGAAACUGACUUUAAAAGGAAAUGUGAGAGGAUCCCUAACUACAUUACAUGUACCAACUGUUCAGGUGUCCUCUGUGAACCAACAACUGUAACCAACCAUAUCAAAAACAAUCACAUUGUUAAAUGUGUUUCUAAAAAAUCACUUAAAGACAUAUUCUCAAAUUAUAUAGGAGAGGUAACCUGCUCUAGUUGCGAGCAAAUAUUUCAUAAAAGUACCAAUAAAAUUAUUGGCAUGAAACAUCAGUGUACUUUCGAUAAAAGUGGUAUUCUUUUGAAAACCAAUUGCAAAUCUUUUCGGGAAUUUGUUUUGCGAAGCAGUUUAAGUUUACAUGUUCUAAAUUUGCACAUUACAUCUGCUGAUUUAGAAGUACAGAACCCCAAGGCCAAUUGCCACCAUGACAAUUUAAAAACAAAUUUGAGAGUACUUUCAAAACGAUGCAGAACUAAAGCCUCUGUGAGUUCGAGUAAUUUUACCUGCAAUAAUAGACCAUCAACACAAUUUCCAUUUAGUUCAAAACAAUUUAACCCACCAACUAUUUGGAGUACUCAGGAUCUUGACUGUUACAGAGAGAAGAGCGAGUUUAUAAAUAAACUGACACAAAUGAAACAUAUAAUUUUCCUUGACCUGGAUAACUGGACAGGCAUUUUCAAACAUGUUCAUCGUUACUUCCCUAAUGAAACUUUUCUUUGGGCAUUUUAUGGGGCCAAAACAAAAUGGUUUCCACCAAAGAGUGAUGUUUAUAAGAAACUAGUUCAAGAUGGUUGCUUCUUUCUGAAUCCUAAAAGUGGUCAUACAAAACAAGCAGCGGAUUUUGCUCUUGUUCUUCAUGUUGGAAAGAUGGAUGAACGUUUACCUGAGCACAUCAAAUUCACAAUAUUGUCUGGAGACAAAGGAUUUUAUGAAGUUAGUCACCAGUUUGAAAAUUCCAAGAGGCACAUGCAAAUUGUUGAUCCACAUCAUUUUACAAAAGAGUCAUAUAACUCCCUUUUUCAGUUAUCACAGAAUUAGGUUCUUCUACAGAGAAAUGUAUUUUGUAUAUUUUAUAUUUUUGUAUGGUUAUAAUAAACUGAAAUGUUGCUUUUUAUUU